CAUCGAGUAGCGGAGGAAAACGUCGUGAGGACUACACUGUCAACAACAUAAUACUGGGGCCACCGAAUGCCGGCGAAACCAACUUACUACUCCCUGAGGACUUAAAAAAUAUAUAUAAUUUAAAAGUUUAGUUUAAGGGAUAUUUCAUUCAAAGGCAAGUGUUUUUUGUCUUGUAAUUAAGUAUAGGCGAUUAUGUUUAUCUUCAAAUGACAAACAAGCAAAUUAGCCAGUUAGCUAGCUAUAUCAUUAUCCUUUUUAGUAGCCAGCUAUCGUUAGCUACGAACAGUAACUUGCUCGUGCAUGGGAAAUGGCUAGACUUUUACAGCUAGCUAAAUGUGCAACUAUCCAAUGUUGUUUUGCUGAGUUGAUUGGGGGCGUCUAUCUCAUGUCGUAAUAUUCAGUUAGCCCCGUUUGUUAGCUAACUAAUUAGCUACUAGGAUAGUUAACGUUAGCUAGCUACUAACUAACUAGUGGCUAGCGGUGCAUCACAUCAGUAAUCUAGCUAACAGUAGCUGACUCGCGUGUAAUGUGGCUCGGUCCUCCCUGCCCCAGACAGUAUCUGUGGGUUAGAGAUGUCUCGCACAGGAGCUCCGAUUCAAACUAAUUAGACAGCUCUAAAAGCGUAUUAAUGUCAAAAUACGUUCGUUACUCACCAAAUACAGUAUGGAGUUUCGCUUAGUAACUAUCUAUAUUUACUCCCUUUACGGCCGGUAUUUGAACAUGAAUACGCUUGCAGAGUUGUGUAACGCCUCGAUCACACGGACAGUAUGCAUUUUGGUACACUAGGGGUGUGUAUGUAAAUUCAAUCUGGAGUGCCAGAGCGUGUUCAGAGUGUUAUCUAGACGUAAGUAAAUUAAUAGCGUUGUCAGAUUGUCCGUUUGUAAAUUCAGAGCAUUUUGCUCUUGGCCCGUUCAGAGCGGACACUGGACGCUCUGGCGGAGGAGUAGAGUUGAUCCGAGCGUUCUGACCUUACAACAUUUUUACAUUACAUUUUAGUCAUUUAGCAGACGCUCUUAACCAGAGCGACUUACAGGAGCAAUUAGGGUUAAGUGCCUUGCUCAAGGGCACAUUAACGUCAUUUAGCAGACGCUCUUAGCCAGAGCGACUCACAAAUUGGUGCGUUCACCCUAUAGCCAGUGGGAUAACCACUUUACAAUUUGGGGGGGGGGGGGGGGGGGGGGGGGGGGGGGGGGGGUUAGAAGGAAUACUUUAGCCUAUCCCAGGUAUUCCUUAAAGAGGUGGGGUUAGAAGGAAUACUUUAGCCUAUCCCAGGUAUUCCUUAAAGAGGUGGGGUUUCAAAUGUCUCCGGAAGGUGGUGAGUGACUCCGCUGUCCUGGCGUCGUGAGGGAGCUUGUUCCACCAUUGGGGUGCCAGAGCAGCGAACAGUUUUGACUGGGCUGAGGGGGAGCUGUGCUUCCGCAGAGGAAGGGGAGCCAGCAGGCCAGAGGUGGAUGAACGCAAUGUCCUCGUUUGGGUGUAGGGACUGAUCAGAGCCUGAAGGUACAGGGGUGCCGUUCCCCUCACUGCUCCAAAGGCAAGCACCAUGGUCUUGUAGCGGAUGCGAGCUUCAAUUGGAAGCCAGUGGAGUGUGCGGAGGAGGGGGGUGACGUGAGAGAACUUGGGAAGGUUGAACACCAGACGGGCUGCGGGUGCUUGACUACAACGGUAGUCAAGCACCAAAGCUAGCUACUUCCAGACACAUGAGAGCACACCUCACUCUGACUAUUUUACUCGCCCUAGCAGAGCUGGUUAGGCAGUUUUCAUGUUAUCCAGCGCGUUGGUGACUGUAACUGUGUUGCUGGCAACUUUUUGCCGACGUCUACUGACACCGACCAUAUUCAAUGGGUGUUGAGCAUUAGUAAAUUCGUCAGUUAUUCUGCGCUCUGGCACACUCAGACGAGAGUGCUCUGAAAUCAGAGUAGAUAGCCAGAGUGAAUUUACGAAAGCACCCUAGAAGUACAUUAAUUUCCAAUGGAAGCUGUGUUUGCCUUGCAGCAUUGGGUUGCAGUGCGUUCUGUGGUACAUACCUUGGAUUUAUCGAAUGUAUGCGUCAAACUGUAUCCGUAGACGGCUUGAUAGAAGAAGUAGCAGAAGGUGAAUGUUGAACUUUUGUUGCACACAUUUCCAAAUAAUACUGCGUACCAUUUUGUGCAAAAUCGCUAUAGGUGUGAUCGAGGCAUAAGCCUCAUGUCCACCAAAUGCAUCAAAUUCUUUGCGUUCCGAUGGAAGUCAUUCAUUGUCAAUGGCGCAGUCCGCAGCGCUGUGUUGGGAAUGCUGCACUAGGCUGUGGUGCGUUCUGUGUACAGUAUUCGUUCAAUAUUUUCAACUGGUGUUGUUUUACGUUGUGGUGUGGUGGUACAAACGGAAGUUCAUAAAUAGUCAAGCCUGUUAGCUAGCUAUCUGACUACAAAGCUAACGCCUCGAUCACACUGACAGCGUCAUUGCGCAAAAUGGUACGCAGCAUCAUCUGGAUAUGUGUGCAAAAAAAGUUCAACAUUCACCUUUUGCUACCAUUUCUGUCAGGCCAUCUACGCAAACAGUUUGAUGCAUACGUUCGAUAAAUCGAAUGUAUGCACCACACAACGCAAUGCUGCAAGGCAAACGCAGCGUUCCAUUGGAAAUUAAUGUACUUCUGAUGUACCAAAACGCAAUGAUACUGUCGGUGUGAUCAAGGCAUAACCACUUUGCUAGAUACUGUAGCUUAGCUAAGAAAUUGCCAGCACUUAGCUUCCAAUUUCCAGCUAAUUAUUUCACAUUCAACUGACCAGGCAAUCCAUUCGUAUUGGCAAUUUGUCUCCAUGCAGCAUUUUUAUCAUGGAGGUCCCGGUAGCAAUCAGAGCUUUGGUUGAACACUGCAGGGAACCCUUGGCGCUGACGGAAACAUGGAUUACCACAGAAAACACUGCUACUCCUACUGCUCUCUCAUUGUCUGACCAUGUGUUCUCGCAUACGCCGAGAGCAUCUGGUCAGCGGGGUGGUGGCACAGGAAUCCUCAUCUCUCUCCCAAGUGGACAUUCUCUCUUUCUCCCCUGACCCAUCUGUCUAUCUCCUCAUUUGAAUUCCAUGCUGUCACAGUCACUAGCCCAUUCAAGCUUAACAUCCUUAUCAUUUAUCGCCCUCCAGGUUCCCUUGGAGAGUUAAUCAAUGAGCUUGACGCCUUGAUAAGGUCGUUUCCUGAGGAUGGCUCACCCCUCACAAUUCUGGGUGACUUUAACCUCCCUAUGUCUACCUUUGACUCAUUUCUCUCUGCCUCCUUCUUUCCACUCCUCUCCUCUUUUGACCUCACCCUCUCACCGUCCCCCCUACUCACAAGGCAGGCAAUACGCUUGACCUCAUCUUUACUAGAUGCUGUUCUUCUACUAAUCUCACUGCAACUCCCCUCCAAGUCUUUGACCACUACUUUGUAUCCUUUUCUCUCUCGCUCUCCUCCAACACUACUCACUCUGCCCCUACUCAGAUGGUAAUGCACCGUAGCAACCUUCGCUCUCUCUCUCCCGCUACUCUCUCCUCUUCCAUCCUAUCAUCUCUUCCCUCUGCUCAAUCCUUCUCCCUCCAAUCUCCUGAUUCUGCCUCCUCAACCCUCCUCUCCUCCCUUUCUGCAUCCUUUGACUCUCUAUGUCCCCUAUCCUCCCAUCCGGCUCGGUCCUCCCCUCCUGCUCCGUGGCUUGACGACUCAUUGCGAGCUCACAGAACAGGGCUCCGGGCAGCCGAGCGGAAAUGGAGGAAAACUAGACUCCCUGCGGACCUGGCAUCUUUUCACUCCCUCCUCUCUACAUUUUCUUCCUCUGUUUCUGCUGCUAAAGCCACUUUCUACCACUCUAAAUUCCAAGCAUCUGCCUCUAACCCUAGGAAGCUCUUUGCCACCUUCUCCUCCCUGCUGAAUCCUCCCCCCACCCCUCCUCCCUCUCUGUGGAUGACUUCGUCAACCAUUUUGAAAAGAAGGUUGACGACAUCUGAUGACACCGCUGGUCCUGCUCACACUGCCCUACCCUAUGCUUUGACUUCUUUCUCCCCUCUCUCUCCAGAUGAAAUCUUGCGACUUGUGACGGCCGGCCGCCCAACAACCUGCCCACUUGAAUCUAUCCCCUCCUCUCUUCUCCAGACCAUUUCCGGAGACCUUCUCCCUUACCUCACCUCGCUCAUCAACUCAUCCUUGACCGCUGGCUAUGUCCCUUCCGUCUUCAAGAGAGCGAGAGUUGCACCCCUUCUCAAAAAACCUACACUCGAUCCCUCCGACGUCAACAACUACAGACCAGUAUCCCUUCUUUCUUUUCUCUCAAACUCUUGAGCGUGCUGUCUUUAGCCAACUCUCUUGCUAUCUCUCUCAGAAUGACCUUCUUGAUCCAAACCAGUCAGGUUUCAAAACUGGUCAUUCAACUGAGUCUGCUCUUCUCUUUGUUACGGAGGCUCUCCGCACUGCUAAAGCUAACUCUCUCUCCUCUGCUCUCGUCCUUCUAGACCUAUCUGCUGCCUUUGAUACUGUGAACCAUCAGAUCCUCCUCUCCACCCUCUCCGAGUUGGGCAUCUCCGGCGCGGCUCACUCUUGGAUUGCGUCCUACCUGACAGGUCGCUCCUACCAGGUGGCGUGGCGAGAAUCUGUCUCCGCACCACGUGCUCUCACCACUGGUGUCCCCCAGGCCUCAGUUCUAGGCCCUCUCCUAUUCUCGCUAUACACCAAGUCACUUGGCUCUGUCAUAUCCUCACAUGGCCUCUCCUAUCAUUGCUACGCAGACGACACACAAUGAAUCGUCUCCUUUCCCCAUUCUGAUAACCAGGUGGCGAAUCGCAUCUCUGCAUGUCUGGCAGACAUGUCAGUAUGGAUGACGGAUCACCACCUCAAGCUGAACCUCGGCAAGACGGAGCUGCUCUAACUCCCGGGGAAGGACUGCCCGUUCCAUGAUCACGCCAUCACGGUUGACAACUCCGUUGUGUCCUCCUCCCAGAGUGCAAAGAGUCUUGGCGUGACCCUGGACAACACCCUGUCGUUCUCCGCUAACAUCAAGGCGGUGACCCAAUCCUGUAGGUUCAUGCUCUACAACAUUCGCAGAGUACGACCCUGCCUUACACAGGAAGCGGCACAGGUCCUAAUCCAGGCACUUGUCAUCUCCCGUCUGGAUUACUGCAACUCGCUGUUGGCUGGGCUCCCUGCCUGUGCCAUUAAACCUCUACAACUCAUCCAGAACGCCGCAGCCCGUCAGGUGUUCAACCUUCCCAAGUUCUCGCACGUCACCCCGCUCCUCCGCACACUCCACUGGCUUCCAGUUGAAGCUCGCAUCUGCUACAAGACCAUGGUGCUUGCCUACGGAGCUGUGAGGGGAACGGCACCGCCGUACCUUCAGGCUCUGAUCAGUCCCUACACCCAAACGAGGGCAUUGCGUUCAUCCACCUCUGGCCUGCUGGCCCCCCUACCUCUGCGGAAGCACAGUUCCCGCUCAGCCCAGUCAAAACUGUUCGCUGCUCUGGCACCCCAAUGGUGGAACAAGCUCCCUCACGACGCCAGGACAGCGGAGUCACUCACCACCUUCCGGAGACACUUGAAACCCCACCUCUUUAAGGAAUACCUGGGAUAGGAUAUAGUAAUCCUUAUAUAUCCUAUCCUUAAAUAAAUCCUUAAAUAAAAAAUUGUAAAGUGGUUGUCCCACUUGCUAUCAUAAGGUGAAUGCACCAAUUUGUAAGUCGCUCUGGAUAAGAGCGUCUGCUAAAUGACAUGAAAAUUAACCCAGAGACAACGAAAAUGACCACCUCCAUGCUGCAAACCUUUCUGCAGCCUUGCGAAGCACAUGUGCAUGAAAUGGACAUAUGGUGUAAUGGGAGUUUGAAUCUGAGCUUCUUGUGGGUUAGAGCGGAGACCCCUCAUACUCAUAGUAGACAUCUCUAAUGCUGCGUUUACAUGGUAAGAGGCAGACUGCAAACCGCAUAGCCGGGGGAAGUAGGGGUGCUGAUUGGUGCUGUAGCACCACCUGAAGAAAAAAAAAAUGGUGCACUGGGCCAUUACUAGUCCUGUACUAGUGGACCGAUAUAGACGUCUGUAGCGCAGGCAACAUUCUUUUUUCUGUUAAAAUAUUUUUACUUUUGCCAUAUACCGUAGCGUUGUUUUCUACCAGAUGUUGAUUUGUGAUGUUUAUUUACUGAAAUCACCAUAGCAACACAUACCAUCGUGCUGGCUUGCUUUUGCUGUUACCGUCUUACUUGCUUUCUUGUCCCACUAUGCCCACUGGUAUGUUUUUUUCGUCCCUCGUCUAAUAGAAUAUACUAUGUAAGUCCACAAGGUGGCGCAGUGCCCCUCUUACAUUCUUUGGGGAGAUCCCUUUAGAUAAGGUUGAAUCUCUGAACAUGGCUAUUUGUCAUAUGCAAUGGGGGCAUACUUAGCUAAGCAUCGUUAUGCCAGUUCAUAAAUUAUAGCUAACUAACGUUAGUUCCCCCUCUAUCAAGCUAUGUUGCUUGCUUGCUAGCUAAGUUUAACCAAGUGGCUAAGGAUGCUUGCCAUAAUACACUGCAGACCAACGGGUCAUGCGUGAACAAUACCUUUGAUUGUUGUGGAUAAUGCAACACUUACACUUCCCUGCCUAUUAGAGCUUCCCAAUAAUUUACUUGCAAUUCUGGGAACAAGUGAGCCCCUCCCUGAUUAGGUUGAAAAUGAAAUUGCAUCAAGCAAACCUAUUUGUCAAUGAACACCAUGUGACCAGACAUAAGCAGAACAUUUCAUUUUACAGCUUGGAAAAUUGGCCCAGGUCACGUUCACCUGUCUGCACUGUAUAUUAUUUAAUUGAUGUAUUUUGGCAUAGUGUUCCCUUUCAAACCAGACUUACCCAUUGGACAGGAAACUGUUUGUUGCGGCAACAAUGUGUUAAAAGUUACUGGACGACUCAGUUGCUGCUCUCUUACUAGUGCUCUAAAAAAUGUUUUAAAUAUAUAUAUUUAAAGUGGUCUUGGGCGGUAUCCAGAUUGUCAUACCUUCAUACCAACCUUAUAACAUCCUGGGAUAUUCUGUAAUACUGGCACUGAACACAAGGGGCACUAUUUUCAAACCCCACUGAGCCUCUGAGAUCCGAAGGUUAGCCAUGCUAACAUGUACAUGUAAAUUCCCAUAGUGAAUGCAAACUAAAUGCUAACGAACGCAUUGCGAACAUUUUAUACUGUCUCUGACCUAAUCUAUUUGCAGGACAGACAUCCCAGCUCAAAGUUAUACAAGUAUCUUAAAAAUGCUACUCAGUUUGCUGCAUGCACAAAACAAAUAUUUGACAGCAAGGCUCUUGAUCCAGGUUGGGAUUCUCUGCUGUUACCAAGCAAAGCUUGAUUUUGCAAGAAGCUAGAUGGCUAACUAGCUACUAAAUUAGCAAACCAAAUGCACACCUGCAGAACAUUUAGCACCUUUUAGACAGUUAACUUAUAAGAUAUCUAGCUGGCAAAAUUCCAUACUGUAACUAGAUCACCUGGCAUGUGCUGCACAUCAGACAGUAAGUGUCUCACAAGGCUCCGGUCUCUCGUCGUUGUGUGCUUGUAAACAAAUCCAACGUGACUGAGGACUACUGGUAAUCUUUAUCUCCUAUCGUAUUGCUGAAGUUGACUGCAGGUAUUUACUUAAGUAGCUACAAAUAUUCAAAAUGUAUAAUUACAAAAAUCAAAUAAAUCGUUUUGACGGUAUUGAAAAGCCAUCCCGUGGCAAUUUCCAAAUACCCCGGUAUACAGUAUACCGCCCAAGCCUAAUUUAAAUAAUAUGUCCUUGUUUGCACAAAAUCUACUUUUCCCUUCCAUUAGGUUUAUUUGGAGAGCCUGACGGUCACCAAUGGCAGCCGCAGUGCCCAAGCUCUCCAGCGGUAGCGUUGUCAAAAUACGCUACAACAGCAUAGACGUGGGCACCACUCGAUGGAAGGAGGGGACCUUUGAGGUUCUUGAGAAAGAUAACAAAGUCAACCUGUGCCUGAAGUUCAAUGCCGGUGGUGCUCUCAAAAGUUUCCAGGUAAUAGUUUUCCCUAUGUGUGCUCAUUCACCUAACAAAAUGGCAUGAUUACAUUGGACUUAAAAAGCUGAGAUACAGUAUGUUAAUACUGUCUUUUAAGGUAUAUGUUAGGGAUGUAACGAUUCACCGAUACACAUCGGUCCCUGAUUCAAAUGUACAGUGCAUUCGGAAUGUAUUCUCACCCCUUGACUUUUUCCACAUUUUGUCAUGUUACAGCCUUAUUCUAAAAUUGAUUAAAUAAAAAUGUUUCCUCAUCAAUCUACACACUACCCCAUAAUGACAAAGCGCAAAGUUUUUUUGAAAUGUUAGCAAAUGUAUUACAAAUAAACAACACAUACCUUAUUUACAUAAGUAAUCAGACCCUUUGCUAUGAGACUUGAAAUUGAGCUCAGGUGCAUCCUGUUUCCAUUGAUCAUCCUUGAUGUUUCUACAAUUUAAUUGGAGUCCACCUGUGGUAAAUUCAAUUGAUUGGACAUGAUUUGGAAAGGCACACGCCUGUCUAUAUAAGAUCCCACAGUUGUCAGUGCAUGUCAGAGCAAAAACCAAGCCAUGAGGUCGAAGGAAUUGUCCAUAGAGCUCCGAGACAGGAUUGUGUUGAGGCAGGGAUCUGGGGAAGGGUACCAAAACAUUUCUGCAGCAUCGAAGGUCCCGAAGAACACAGUGGCCUCCAUCAUUCUUAAAUGGAAGAAGUCUGGAACUACCAAGAGUCUUGCUAGAGCUGGCCGCCCAGCCAAAUUGAGCAAUCGGGGUAGAAGGGCCUUGGUCAGGGAGGUGACCAAGAACCCGAUGGUCACUCUGACAGAGCUCCAGAGUUCCUCUGUGGAGAUGGGAGAACCUUCCAGAAGGACAACCAUCUCUGCAGCACUCCACCAAUCAGGCCUUUAUGGUAGAGUGGCCAGACGGAAGCCACUCCUCAGUAAACGGCACAUGACAGCCCGCUUGGAGUUUGCCAAAAGGCACCUAAAGGACCCAUGAGAAACAAGAUUCUCUGGUCUGAUGAAACUAAAAUGGAACUCUUUGGCCUGAAUGCCAAGCGUCACGUCUGGAGGAAACCUGGCACCAUCGCUACGAUGAAGCAUGGUUGUGGUAGCAUCAUGCUGUGGGGAUGUUUUUCAGCGGCAGGGACUGGGAGACUAGUCAGGAUUGAGGAGAGAGAUGAAUGGAUCAAAGUACAGAGAGAUCCUUAAUGGAAACCUGCUCCAGAGUGCUCAGGACCUCCGACUGGGGCGCAGGUUCACCUUCCAACAGGACAACAACCCGAAGCACACAGACAAGACAACGCAGGAGAGGCUUCGGGACAAGUCUCUGAGUGGCCCAGCCAGAGCCCGUACUUGAACCCGAUCAACCAUCUCUGGAGAGACCUAAAAAUAGCUGUGCAGCGACGCUCCCCAUCCAACUUGACAGAGCCAGGAACAGGCUGCCUACCUCAUUUUAUUUAACCAGAUAACCCAGUUGAGAACAAGUUCUCAUUUACAACUGCGACCUGGCCAAGAUAAAGCAGUGCGAUUAAAAAACAACACAGAGUUACAUAUGGGGUAAACAAAACAAAGUCAAAAAUACAACAGAAAAUAUAUAUAUACAGUGUGUGCAAAUGUAGCAAGUUAUGGAGGUAAGGCAAUAAAUAGGCCAUAGUGCAAAAUAAUUACAAUUUAGUAUUAACACUGGAAUGAUAGAUGUGCAAGAGAUGAUGUGCAAAUAGAGAUACUGGGGUGCAAAUGAGCAAAAUAAAUAACAAUAUGGGGAUGAGGUAGUUGGGUGGGUCUGUUUGCUAUUUUACUAGGCUACUGAUAUUGCCUGGGGUUGUUCAGCAUGCAAAAUGACUUGUAGAUCAAUGACUGAACACAGCUACACUACCGGUCAAAAGUUUUAGAACACCUACUCAUUCAAGGGUUUUUCUUUAUUUUUACUAUUUUCUACAUUGUAUAAUAAUAGUGAAGACAUCAAAACUAUGAAAUAACACAUGGAAUCAUGUAGUAACCAAAACAGUGUUAAACAAAUCAAAAUAUAUUUUAUAUUUUGAGAUUCUUCAAAUAGCCACCCUUUGCCUUGAUGACAGCUUUGCACACUCUUGGCAUUCUCUCAACCAGCUUCAUGAGGUAGUCACCUGGAAUGCGUUUCAAUUAACAGGUGUGCCUUAAAAGUAAAUUUGUGGAAUUUCUUUCCUUAAUGCGUUUGAGCCAAUCAGUUGUGUUGUGACAAGGUAGGGGGGGUAUACAGAAGAUAUCCCUAUUUGGUAAAAGAUCAAGUCCAUAUUAUGGCAAGAACAGCUCAAAUAAGCAAAGCGAAACAACAGUCCAUCAUUACUUUUAAGGUCUGUCAAUAAAGAACAUUUCAAGAACUUUGAAAGUUUCUUCAAGUGCAGACGCAAAAACCAUAAAGCGCUAUGAUUAAACUGGCUCUCAUGAGGACCACCACAGGAAUGGAAGACCCAGAGUUACCUCUGCUGCAGAGGAUAAGUUCACUAGAUUUACCAGCCUCAGAAAUUGCAGGCCAAAUAAAUGCUUCACAGAGUUCAAGUAACGGACACAUCUCAACAUCAACUGUUCAGGCGAGACUGUGUGAAUUAGGCAUUCAUGGUCGAAUUGCUGCAAAGAACCACUAUUAAAGGACACCAAUAAGAAGGUACUUGUUUAAGCCAAGAAACACGAGCAAUGGACAUUAGACCGGUGGAAAUGUGUCCUUUGGUCUGAAGUCCAAAUCUGAGAUUUUUGGUUCCAACCUUGAACGGAUGAUCUCUGCAUGUGUAUUACCCACCGUAAAGCGUGGAGGAGGAGGUGUGAUGGUGUGGGGGUGCUUUGCUGGUGACACUGUCUGUGAUUUAUUUAGAAUUCAAGGCACACUUAACCAGCAUGGCUACCACAGCAUUCUGCAGUGAUACGCCAUCCCAUCUGGUUUGGGCUUAGUGGGACUAUCAUUUGUUUUUCAACAGGAUAAUGACCCAACACACCUCCAGGCUGUGUAAGGGCUAUUUGACCAGGCAGGAGAGUGAUGGAGUGCUGCAUCAGAUGACCUGGCCUCCACAAUCCCCCGACCUCAACCAAAUUGAGAUGGUUUGGGAUGAGUCGGAAUGCAGAGUGAAGGAAAAGCAGCCAACAAGUGCUCAGCAUAUGUGAGAAUACUUUUGGAAAAGCAUUCCAGGUGAAGCUGGUUGAGAGAAUGCCAAGAGUGUGCAAAGCUGUCAACAAGGCAAAGGGUGGCUAUUUGAAGAAUCUCAAUUAUAAAAUAUAUUUUGAUUUGUUUAACACCUUUUUUGGGUACUACAUGAUUCCAUAUGUGUUAUUUCGUAGGUUUGAUGUCUUCACUAUUAUUCUACAACGUAGAAAAUAGUAAAAAUGAAAGAAAAACCCUUGAAUGACUAGGUGUUCUAAAACAUUUGACCGGUAGUAUACAUGCAGUUCAUCACUGAAGGAGAGGACACAUCGGUUGUCACAAAAUAUGAGGUAUUUUCGGAAGGUGGAAAGAAUGUUAUAUGAGCAAAACAUUUUUAUGAACCGACGAUUCUUAACUUUUGAAUCGAUUUUCUGACCGAUGCAUGCUACAUUUGGAUCGUUUUGGGUCUCUUGGACCGAUGCACUUGUAUCAUUGAUGCCCCUCGGUGAAACGUAACAUCCCUAAUCGGAGCCCAUGUAUCAAAUCGUCUUGAAAGGGAAAGAUGCACAUCUCUAGUAUAUGUUGAUUUAUAUGUGUCUAUGCUUUCAGCUCAACCAUAAUGUGAAGAAAGUCGUGAUGCAGACCAUGCACACUAUGAAACGAAUUGUGGUGUCUCUUAAGGAUGGCAGCGUAGUCACCCUUGAGAGAAUUCCCACUGCUGUGGCUGAGAAAAUGAAAGAAUACCUUGAGAAGCUGAAGCAGGGAAAACCAACAGGUAACAAUCUAUUGGAACUUGUAAUAAUAAAUAAUAAUAAUAUGCCAUUUAGCAGACGCUUUUAUCCAAAGCGACUUACAGUCAUGCGUGCAUACAUUUUUGUGUAUGGGUGGUCCCGGGGAUCGAACCCACUACCUUGGCGUUAUAAGCGCCGUGCUCUACCAGUUGAGCUACAGAGGACCACAUGAUAGUAGAUCAUUAACUGUUUCAAAGAAGUUGCAUGAUUUACUGUGGAACUGGUGUCCUUCUGUUAGACAAUAAGUGUUGUUUUCUUGUAGUUCUAAAGACUUCCCAGGGAAGUGCAAGCUUCAGUGUGCUCGGGAAUCGAUCCGUAAAGAAUGAGAUUAGCCCACCUGGAGAACGACAGGUAAAGAGUUGCUGUAAGAAAGUACUUGUCAUUUACAACCACACUGCUCCUGGUUUUUGCUUUUCUGAAAAGCUUACUUAAACUCUGGCUCUGUUUCAGACAACACCCAGACGACCCAGUGUGGACAACCGGGAGGAGACGACGCCCCGCAAGCCCCUGGGCAGCCCCAGCAGAGUGACCUCCACACCUUCCCGCAGUGGGCUGUCUGAGAACAGGUAGGCAAGCCAACACACCAACCAUCCAGGUAGAUAAAGUAUCACACACUGGCUGCGUCCUGAUUCUACACUCAUACUUUCCCCCCCUUAUUGAUUGAUAAGGAUUGGACUGGUUUUAUGAAUAUGGUAAAACUCAGUUAAGUCAUGCUUGCGCCAAUCCAAUGCUUUUAAAUUCACGAGGGGCUGUGAACGAGUGCAUACUUCUGGGUGAGCGGUAGAGAAUCCCAACGCAACCUCUUCCAGCACUCUCCUGCCUCGCUAGCCUCUCCCCUGAGAUUGCAUUUCUUCAUUUGACAGUGGCUUUAGUCUUCGUGUGUUCAUUGGUUUCAUAACCACUCUUAAAGGGACAUUUCAAAGUGUGUCUACUUCAUAUUCAUCAUCAUCAGAACCAUCUUUUGCCCCUUAAGGAUUGAGAAGAGGAAGAGACACCUCACCUCUGACAGUGACCUGACUGAGGACUACCCCAAGGAGAAUGACUCAUCCAGGUAUGACAAUGUUACUUUACCAAGCAAAGGGUUGAUUUCACCUCUCUUCCUGUCAAUUUAGGCUUGUGUCAAAUGGCGGCUUGGGGGAUUCUAGCGGGGGGGGGGGGUCUUCCUUGAAAUUAUACAUUUUAUUUAUUUUUUACAGUGGCGGCCAUGAUUUAGCAGCGCGGUUUGGCGUAAAGGGGAAACUGCCAUUACUACAGAUCAAAGCUUUUUGACCAAAUUUGCUGUUGCUGCAUUUUGCCUUUGUAGGGCAGAGUUGUACACCAGUGAAUUUAAACUGUUUCUUGUAUCUCAGCAACAACAAGACCAUGUCAGACCCCUCCAGGAAGUUUCUGCUGAGCUGCAAAGACAAGCUGAAACAGGCAGAGGAGAACCGCUGCUCAGGUAAGCCCUCGUCAGACUGAGAUGACCUUCUCCAGACUAGAACAGUGCCGUCUCUAGUCGCCCUGUGAUAACUGUCUACCUUCCCCACCAGUUUUAAUGGUCCCAGCGCCACUUCAGCCCACGUCAUUCUACGGCAGCCGAUCAGUGACCAAAGACUACUCCAUGAGUCACUCCUUUCUAGACAGGUACGUAUUUUUUUUUUUUCACCUUAAUUUAACCUGGUUGUCCCAUGGAUGUUAAGAUAACAUUUGUAUGCAUCAUUAAGAUGCUGCCACACCUUGACUUCUUCAACAUUUGUCAUCCCCUCCGCAGGCCAUCCAGUACAUCCCCGACCACCUCGGCUAAGAGAAGUCUCAUGUUACCCAAUCACUCGACCCCCUUCAAGAAAGUGCGCCCCACGCUGGACUACGGUGGCUGGAACAAGCCGAGACCAUCCACUCUGGCCCAGCCCCAGCCUCCACUGCAAGGGUAAGGAGACAUCCCAGGGUUAUACUGAUGAUUCUAAAGUUAACCUCCGUAGUCAAUGAGGGGCUUUUCUAGUGCUCCCCAACUACCAGAAAUGUGUGAUUUACUAGAUCAGUUAAUGGUCAUUAUGAAUGUGCCAUAUGGCUGACCCCAAUUAGUCGAUUGUUUGGUCGAUAGGCUGUUGGUCGACCAAUAUUUUUUUUCUGUCGAGCAGUUGCAAAUAUAUAUUUUUUUAUGGCACACGAGACACAUGGCUUAUUCGCGCCCAUCUCAGUGAAGUAAUCCAUUAUGGACGCCGAGACUAAUUAAUUGCGAGGCCAAGGGGAUGGCACAGUCCAAGAAGAAGGGGAGUGUGGCUAAGAUGCACAAUGCACGUCUCUCUCCAGAAUGUGCUCUCUCCUGCCAAUUUGUACACAUUCAUUGUUUCAUAACUUCAUUAUGUGAAUUGUUUGCGGUUGAUUGUUAGUGUCUUAUCAAUUCCCCAUUACAUAUGUCACCAGUAGUACAUUUACCGUUAAUUCCUAUAAUUAGUUUGGUUAUGGUAAUUUCUGUUAAUGCAUUCAAUAUAUUAUUAUAUUUUGAGAGAAUGCCAAGAGUGUGCAAAGCUGUCAUCAAGGCAAAGGGUGGCUAUUUGAAGAAUCUCAAAUAUAAAAUAUAUUUUGAUUUGUUUAACACUUUUUUGGUUACUACAUGAUUCCAUAUGUGUUAUUUCAUAGUUUUGAUGUCUUCACUAGUAUUCUACAAUGUAGAAAAUAGUAAAAAAUAAAGAAAAACCCUGGAAUGAGUAGGUGUGUCAACUUUUGACUGGUACUGUAAGUAUUCAGACCCUUUGCUAUGAGACUCAAAACUGAGCUCAGAUGCAUCCUGUUUCCAUUGAUCAUCCUUGAUGUUUCUACAACUUGAUUAGAGUCCACCUGUGGUAAAUUCAAUUGAUUGGACAUGAUUUGGAAAGGCGCACACACCUGUCUAUAUAAGAUCCCACAGUUGACAGUGCAUGUCAGAGCAAAAACCAAGCCAUGAGGUCGAAGGAAUUGUCUGUAGAGCUCCUAGACAGGAUUGUGUCUCGGCAGAGAUCUGGGGAAGGGAACCAAACAAUUCUGCAGCAUUGAAGGUCCCUAAGAACCCAGUGGCCUCCAUUUUUAAAUGGAAGAAGUUUGGAACCACCAAGACUCUUCCUAGAGCUGGCUGCCAAACUGAGCAAUCGGAGGAGAAGGGCCUUGAUCAGGAAGGUGACCAAGAACCCGAUGAUCACUCUGACAGAGCUCUAGAGUUCCUCUGUGGAGAUGGUUGUCCUUCUGGAAGGUUCUCCCAUCUCUGCUGCACUUCACCAAUCAGGCCUUUAUGGUAGAGUGGCCAGAUGGAAGCCACUCCUCAGUAAAAGGCACAUGACAGCCCACUUGGAGUUUUCCUAAAGGCACCUAAAAACUCUCAAAUCAAAUCAUUAUUUUCCACAUGCGCCGAAUACAACAGGUGUAGACAUUACCGUGAAAUGCUUACUUAAAGCCCUUAACCAACAAUGCAUUUAUUUCUUAAUAAAAAAGUAAAAUAAAACAACAACAACAACAAAAGUGUUGAGAAAAAAGAGCAGAAGUAAAAUAACAGUAGGUAGGCUAUAUACAGGGGGGUACCGGUGCAGAGUCAAUGUGCGGGGGCACCGGCUAGUUGAGGUAAUAUGUACAUGUGGGUAGCGUUAAAGUGACUGCAUAAAUAAUUAACAGAGUAGCAGCAGCGUAAAAAGAUGGGGUGGGGGUGCAAAUAGUCCGGGUAGCCAUGAUUAGCUGUUCAGGAGUCUUAUGGCUUGGGGGUAGAAGCUGUUGAGAAGCCUUUUGGACCUAGACUUGGCGCUCCGGUACCGCUUGCCGUGCGGUAGCAAGAACAGUCUAUGACUAGGGUGGCUGGAGUAUUUGACAAUUUUGAGGGCCUUCCUCUGACACCGCCUGGUAUAGAGGUCCUGGAUGGCAGGAAGCUUUGCCCCAGUGAUGUACUGGGCCGUACGCACUACCCUCUGUAGUGCCUUGCGGUCGGAGGCCGAGCAUUUGCCAUACCAGGCGGUGAUGCAACCAGUCAGGAUGCUCUCUGGUGCAGCUGUAUAACUUUUUGAGGAUCUGAGGACCCAUGCCAAAUCUUUUCAGUCUCCUGAGGGUGAAUAGGCUUUGUCGUGCCCUCUUCACGACUGUCUUGGUGUGUUAGGACCAUGAUAGUUCGUUGGUGAUGUGGACACCAAGGAACUUGAAGCGCUCAACCUGUUCCACUACAGCCCCGUCGAUGAGAAUGGGGGCGUGCUCAGUCCUCUUUUUUUUCCUGUAGUCCACAAUCAUCUCCUUUGUCUUGGUCACGUUGAGGGAGAGGUUGUUAUCCUGGCACCACACGGCCAGGUCUCUGACCUCCCCCCUAUAGGCUGUCUCAUCGUUGUCGGUGAUCAAGCCUACCACUGUUGUGUCGUCGGCAAACUUAAUGAUGGUGUUGGAUUCGUGCCUGGCCAUGCAGUCAUGGGUGAACAGGGAGUACAGGAGGGGACUGAGCACGCACCCCUGAGGGGCCCCCGUGUUGAGGAUCAGCGUGGCAGAUGUGUUGUUACCUACCCUUACCACCUCGGGGCGGCACAUCAGGAAGUCCAGGAUCCAGUUGCAGAGAGAGGUGUUUAGUCCCAGGAUCCUUAGCUUAGUGAUGAGCUUUGAGGGCACUAUGGUGUUGAACGCUGAGCUGUAGUCAAUGAAUAGCAUUCUCAAGUAGGUGUUCCUCUUGUCCAGGUGGGAAAGGGCAGUGUGGAGUGCAAUAGAGAUUGCAUCAUCUGUGGAUCUGUUGGGGUGGUAUGCAAAUUGGAGUGGGUCUAGGGUGUCUGGGAUAAUGGUGUUGAUGUGAGCCAUGACCAGCCUUUCAAAGCACUUCAUGGCUACAGACGUCAGUGGUACGGGUCGGUAGUCAUUUAGGCAGGUUAUCUUGGUGUCCUUGGGCAUGGGAACUAUGGUGGUCUGCUUGAAACAUGUUGGUAUUGUGUGUCGAUUUGAGGGAAACAACAAUUUAAUUAAUUUUAGAAUAAGGCUGUAACCUAACAAAAUUUGGAAAAGAUCAAGGGGUCUGAAUACUUUCCGAAGGCACUGUAUAUCAUGAGCUUUCUUAUAUAUCCCAGAUAUAGGACAAACACUUCAAAACCUUGUUUCUUAUGAUUUAUUUUUUGACUCUCUUUGCAAUUUAUGGAUGUGUUACUCAAUGCAGUUCUCUGGGCUAAAUUCAAGAUUUCAUCAAAUAUAAAAAUAUGAAAAAUGUUAGGAUACCUAAAGGGGCCCUUUAAAAUUCAAAAUCAAAUAGCUAAAUGAUCCAUAGUGUGACCAUCUUAAACCAAUUCCAUAUGUCAGCUUUGAAUUCCCCCCCCCCCCCCCCCCCCCCCCCAGGCAAUUAAGGUCACAGUUAUGAAAACUUAGGACACUAAAGAGGCCUUUCUGCUGACUCUGAAAAACACCAAAAGAAAGAUGCCCAGGGUCCCUGCUCAUCUGCGUGAACGUGCCUUAGGCAUGCUGCAAGGAGGCAUGAGGACUGCAGAUGUGGCCAGGGCAAUACAUUGCAAUUUCCAUACUGUGAGACACCUAAGCGCUACAGGGAGACAGGAUGGACAGCUGAUCGUCCUCGCAGUGGCAGGCCACGGGUAACAGCACCUGCACAGGAUCGGUACAUCCGAACAUCACACCUGCGGGACAGGUACAGGAUGGCAACAACAACUGCCCGAGUUACACCAGGAACGCACAAUCCCUCCAUCAGUGCUCAGACUGUCCGCAAUAGGCUGAGAGAGGCUGGACUGAGGGCUUGUAGGCCUGUUGUAAGGCAGGUCCUCACCAGACAUCACCGGCAACAACGUUGCCUAUGGGCACAAACCCACCGUUACUGGACCAGACAGGACUGGCAAAAAAGUGCUCUUCGCUGACGAGUCGCGGUUUUGUCUCACCUGGGGUGAUGGUCGGAUUCACGUUUAUCGUCGAAUGAGCGUUACACCGAGGCCUGUACUCUGGAGCGGGAUCGAUUUGGAGGUGGAAGGUACGUCAUGGUCUGGGGCGGUGUGUCACAGCAUCAUCGGACUGAGCUUGUUGUCAUUGCAGGCAAUCUCAACGCUGUGCGUUACAGGGAAGACAUCCUCUUCCCUCAUGUGGUACCCUUCCUGCAGGCUCAUCCUGACAUGAACCUCCAGCAUGACAAUGCCACCAGCCAUACUGCUCGUUCUGUGCGUGAUUUCCUGCAAGACAGGAAUGUCAGUGUUCUGCCAUGGCCAGCGAAGAGCCCGGAUCUCAAGCCCAUUAGCACGUCUGGGACCUGUUGGAUCGGCGGGUGAGGGCUAGGGCCAUUCCCCCAGAAAUGUCCGGGAACUUGCAGGUGCCUUGGUAGAAGAGUCGGGUAACAUCUCACAGCAAGAACUGGCAAAUCUGGUGCAGUCCAUGAGGAGGAGAUGCACUGCAGUACUUAAUGCAGCUGGUGGCCACACCAGAUACUGACUGUUACUUUUGAUUUUGACCCCCCCCCCCCUUGUUUAGGGACACAUUAUUCCAUUUCUGUGGAACUUGUUCAGUUUAUGGCUGUUGUUGAAUCUUAUGUUCAUUCAAAUAUUUACACAUGUUAAGUUUGCUGAAAAUAAACGCAGUUGACAGUGAGAGGACGUUUAUUUUUUGCUGAGUUUAGUUGAUUUUAUUAAAACACACAGGGUGUGUCCAAUAUGGACAGAGACAUUUCGGUCGACCAAGAUUCUUUUUUUUGUCGCUUACAGCCCUAAUGUGCCGAAACAGACACUUUCAAUUGAAAACAUGUAUUUUCUCCAGUGGUUGUAGUGGUGGUACAGAAAUGGAGUAUGACUUAAAUUUUCUCUAACCUCUUUGCUGCAGAUUCUCCAACCUGGGCAACACGUGUUACAUGAACGCCAUCCUGCAGUCUCUCUUCAGCCUGCCGUCGUUCUCCAAUGACCUGCUGAAGCAGGGAAUCCCAUGGAAGAAGGUCCCCUCCAACGCCUUGCUCAGGUAGCCUACUGUUACACUGCAGUCACCCUCUUUUACAUUUUAGUCAUUUAGCAGAUGCUCUUAUCCAGAGUGACUUACAUUAGUGAGUGCACACAUUUUUGUACUGGUCCCCCGUGGGAAUCGAACCUACAACCCUGGCGUUGCAAGCAUCAUGCUCUACCAACUGAACUACACAACUAACCCCAGAACUGAAUAUAGGAAACUGUCACUCGUUCGAUCAAUUCCUCAACUGUCAUCUUGUUUCUCUUCCUCUUAAACACUGUUGAAAAUAUUUCCACUUUUACAAGGGAUGCACCCUUUUAAAAGCUUUUUUUGUUUAGGUGGCUUAGUGAUUUCAUGGCUAUGACUCGAUAUUUCUCAAACUGCUCAGCUGACUUGUGUACCUGCCCUGCACCCUCACUGACCCGCCUCUCUGUUGUGCGUGCAGACGUUUUGCCCACUUGCUGGCCAAGAAGGACAUCUCGUGCCCCGAGGUAAAGAAAGACCUGCUGAGGAGAGUGAAAAGUGCCAUCUCCUCCACGGCCGAGCGCUUCUCUGGAUACAUGCAGAACGUAAGACCUACAAUAUUUGCACCACAACCAAUUUGGCUCUUUUGUGGCUCUGUAUACUAACCCCCCCCCCCUCCCUCCAGGACGCCCAUGAGUUCCUGAGCCAGUGCCUGGACCAGCUGAAGGAGGACAUGGAGAAGGUGAACAAGAGCUGGAAGAGCGACUCAGCGGCGUGGGACGAGCCCCCCCAGCAGGCGGCCGCAGUCAGGCCUGGGGAGGAGGCGGACACCUCACGCACCUACACCUGUCCCGUGGUGGUCAACAUGGAGUUUGAGGUGCAGCACACCAUCACCUGCAAAGGGUGAGUGAGUCAUCCCCUUCUCAGACUGUGGAUUUCUGGGUGGUACAUCUCUUCCCUGAUGGUGAAUAAAAUAAUGGACGUGUGUUAGACGUCAAAGAUUUAGCUUUUAAGAGUCCAUUCCUUUAGCCUUUGUGGUAUUACCUUUCCUAAGCAUAUGAAGUUGUCAUAAAGACAGACUGAAUGUCAUUAAUAACAAAUCAUAACAAAGGUUGUGCUAUUGUGUGUGUGGUUUCAGCUGUGGAGAAGUGGUGACCAAGCGGGAGCAGUUCAACGACCUGUCCAUUGACCUGCCUCGCAGGAAGAAGACCAUCCCUCUCCGGUCCAUCCAGGACUCUCUGGACCUCUUCUUCAGGGUGUGUGUCCACUGUCCCCACAAACCACCAAUCCUAUGUCCCCACAAACCACAAGGCUAGCUCCUGUCCAAAUAUACUGUAUAUCAACUAGGGCUGUGGCGGUCAUGAAAUUUCGUCAGCCGGGGAUUGUCAAGCAAAUAACUGCCAGUCUCACGGUAAUUGACCGUUCAUUAACAAACGCAUUUAGCAUCUCCUGGCUUCCACCAAUAGCCUACAAGCCACUUAUGCAGACCUUUUGGGAAAACAUCUACAUUUAAAAAAGUAUAAUAAAUCCAUGUAAUAUAGCCUUCACCUUCACAAUAAAUCCAUUAUUUAUUUUAGACAUGUCUAAAGAAAUUAUAUGAAGAAAAUGUAGUCUAUUUCAGAAGAACAGAAUAGCAUACUCUUGAGUUGUCCUUAUAUUAGGUCCUGAUCUGGCUAUGCGAUAUGGCUGUGGGCUAUACUCAUUUAGCAGACCAGAUUUGUUUAGAAUUCCGUGGCAUUAUUUUAUAGUAUGAAGAAUAUAAUUGAACAAAGCUGAAUAAAAUUAGAAAGGAUAUUUUCUCCAAACGAUUUGAGGGAGUGCGCACAUGCGGCUAUUCUGUGUUGAGCGGUUAACAAAGAAACAGGUACUCCUGUAUGCUUCAUUUAGAGUUAUUUAUUUAACUUUAGUUGUGAUACAAAUGUUGGGCUAUAUGUUUUUAAUUUCCUUCUCCCUGCGUGCUCCGAAGCACUUCUCACUCGCAUGGCUAUCUGUCACAUGAUCGGGUCUUUCUCACAGGCUACAAGUGAAGACAGACACAUUGGGGGCGCGCGUGAAGAUAUUGGAAGAACUGUCCACAUUUACUUUUCGUCAGCCAACAAGAUGAGUAUGCCUAAUGAACAGCAAAAGCACUAGCCUAUGUCAAUCUACUAUCCCCCAUAGUACAAAAGUUGACCUAUUCUGUGCGAGAAAUAAAAUAUUACAAACAUAGUCUGGGACAGUUGUGAGAUGCGAUAGAUCUCAAAUUAAUACAACCACUACCAUCAAAAAACAUUUUUUACGCAAUGAGGCUGACGCAACAGAUCAGAACGUUUAGCUUAAAAUGUUGAUAAACUAUUAGUCUAUUUCUUCACAUCAUAAGCACAGCAAUACGCACAUGGCAGUAGGCUAUAAGCAGGAAUGUUCCAUUAGCAGAAAACACCAUUAUCAAAAGUGACCGCAAAUGCUAUUAUGCAUGUAAUGCUUUUAUUAUAAAGGUGCAUUUUUAUGGUGAAAAUUGUCUUCCCCAAACUUGAAACUCUCACUGCGUAUGUAUGCCAGUUAGGCUCUACACCAGGGUUUCCCAACCCUGUUCCUGGAGAGCUACCCUCCUGUAGGUUUUCGCUCCAACCCCAGGUGUGGCUAACUUGAUUAAUCUUAUCAACCUGCUAAUUAUUAGAAUCAGGUGUGCUAGAUUAGGGUUGGAGCAAAAACCUACAGGACAGUAGCUGUCCAGGAACAGGGUUGGGCAGUCCUGCUCUACACCCAUUGUAAAGCGGAUUAAUGUGCUUAAUUUUAGUUAUUUGGCCACUUUAGUUGUGAUACAAACUUUACCAAACAUAUAGACCUAUGGGCUAGGAUACAUGAGGUGUGGGACUGAUUUGAAAAAGUCGCAGAAAAACGGGAUGCAUUGUUUCUUUCCUUACGCUGGGCGUCAUUCACAAGUGAUUAAUAUAUAAUUCACAAUUGAUAGGCUAAUAUUGUCACCCAUCAGACUAUUCUUGAUUUAAUCUUGUCUUCACAUAUACUAAAUAAAAUGUGAAAUUUGUUUUGAUUUAGAAUGGACCAUUAUCAAGCACCUGUCUCGAAACAGGGGCGGGGGAAAAAAUACAUGUCAUCUAUGCAUUUAAAUAGCAAAUGGAGGACGCUUUUGACCGUGGUUCAUUUUCAUGCCAGCCAGGUAGGCUAUACUCCUGUUGUAAAGACAAGCAAUGUGCUUAAUAUUAGGGAAGUUGAGAUAUAAAUAUAGUAGGCCUAGCCUAUAGAAAGCUGAUGGGAUCCUGCUCUUUUUAAAGAAGCCAUCACUCUGUUUUCUAGCGCAAUUGCAUAGCCUAUAGAAAUGUUGUGCAACAUGAGCUCAUGGGCUCUCAUGAAGUGUUUGGUUAGAUUUUCGAUCACAUUUGCAUUGAUGUUAGUGAUUAGAGGGACAAUAGAGUGCUGAGUACCAGGCAGUUAUCAAGUUUGGUAGGCUACUAAUGACCAUCAGCAGCAUCAGAGCUUGGAGAAGCCUAAUUAACGUGACUAAACGUGGAAUUUGACUGCCUUCAUGACUCAUGACCUCCUGUGUGGCAGUAAUACGGUGACCCCAACUUUUUUAUAUAUAUACAUAUACACACUUUAAAAUGACUAAAACCAAAUUGAAACUGUGAAGAAAUGAUAAUGGAGCUACAGUCACAGUUUCUUGACUGUGUGUAGCUCGCUAAUAAUCACAGAAAUGAAAGCUAGACAGUCGGAGCAUCAAAUUCCAAAAACGAUGGAUAGAGGACUAUUUUUUUGCAUAUUUUGACAGCAAGGAAAUGUAACAUGUUUUCAGUGUGGCCCUCCGGACCUCGUUGAAGACCGAAUGCGGCCCCCGGGGCAAACUGAGUUUGACACCCCUGCAUUAAAGGCAAUGAAACAGUCAACCUAGUAUCCAAAUCCUAAUAAUAAGUAGAUGAGUUGAAUGUAUGUUUAUGUGUAUUCCAGAUGGAGGAAAUCGAGUAUUCUUGUGAAAAGUGCAGCAGGAAAGCGGCGACAGUGACUCAUAAAUUCAGCCGACUCCCCAGGUAUGCCCAUGUGUCUACAACUGUGAUCUUUAGCCCUGAUGUUAAAGUGAAUGAGGAAGUGGUAUGAGGUUCACCAGAACCCUAAAUCCAUUCCUUUCCUUUCUGUCGUUUCCCCAGAGUUCUUAUCCUGCACCUGAAGCGCUACAGCUUCAACGCCCAGCUGUCCUUAAACAGUAAGCUGGGCCAGCAGGUUAUGAUCCCCCGCUACCUCACGCUGCUGUCCCACUGCACAGACACUACGCAGCCCCCCCUUAGCCUGGGCUGGAGCGCACAUGGAACCAUGUAAGAAACACACCCCACAGUGAAAAUUAUCCAACGUUUGCUGCAUAAUAUACCAUUUUACCAGGGCUUGACAUUAACUUUUGUACUCCAAAUGUUUGGGGGGGGUUUGUAACACUUUGGGCCAAAAAGGUACCUGAAAAUUGUUGUAUGAUGCAAGGAACCACUUUACAAAAUAAAAUGCAUUAUAAUCAUUAUUAGGCCUAUUACAGUGCCUUCAGAAAGUAUUCAUACCCCUUGACUUAUUCUACAUUUUGUUACAACCGGAAUUCUAAAUGGAUUAAAUACAUUAUUUUCCUCACCAAUUUAUACACAAUUCCCCAUAAUGACAUGGUGAAAACAUGUUUUUAGAAAUGUUUGCACAUUUAUUUAAAAUGAAAUACAGAAAUAUCUCAUUUAUAUAAAUAUUCACAUCCCCGAGUCAAUACUUUGUAGAAGCACAUUUGGCAGCAAUUACAGCUGUGAGUCUUUCUGGGUAAGUCUCUAAAAACGUUCCACACCUGCAUUGUAAACAUUUGCCCAUUAUUCUUUUCAAAAUUCUUCAAGCUCUGUCAAAUUGGUUGUUGAUCAUUGCUAGACAACCAUUUUCAGGUCUUGCCAUAUAUAUUUUUUAAUCAAAUGGCUAAAGUAGCCUACUUCAAAGCAAGGUAACUGUUUAUCGAUAACAUCCCUUCAGGGGAGAUCUAUUGACAGCAUAUAUAUUUUAUAUAAAUAUAUUUUUAAAUGGUCAGAAUGACAUGACCAAUGUUGAACAGGGGGGAAUCCCAGCUUUCCAAUGGUGUCAGAUUUAUUUCUCAGCUCCCAAUAUUGGGCACUGGAGAGACUUAUAACCGGAGUAAGGAUUGGUUUAUUAACGUAUCUGUUCAUCAACUGCGUGUUGCCAUUUGUAGUUAUGACGGUGCGUAGUUUUUAGGACAUCGGACAUGACAAUUGCAUUAAUACAUGAUAAUAGCUAAAUAGUUAACUACCGAGAUGUGUUGAAUUGGCUAUCUAGUUAGUCUGUCAUUAUUUUGUAGGCUUACCUGCUGUAAUGUCUCCCUCUCUCUGCUCUGGCCCACUCGCACUGGCACACAUGCAGCUGAUGCACACCCAUGACUUUUCCAGGGUUUUUCUGUACGAAACCUGUUUGCUGACCAAAAAUGUGCUAUAACUGUGCAUGUAACUCAGUAAUUGGCAAGGAAUAUCAACAAAUGUGCACACGUGGCUACACACAGAUCUGUUCUUUGAUCUCAAUAGCGCAUCUCGCCACCGGGAUUAUUGAAAUACCACUCUGCCUGUCAAUGCAAUACAAUCCUACUCCAAUGUGCUCUGCAGAAAUUGGGAGAACAGCAAAUACUGUACAUCGCAUCCAGAGGACACUGAUCUAAUUCUGAUCAGAGUAAUUGUUUGAUAUUGUGAUUUUUUGUGGGGGCUUUUACUUGUCCAUUCGGACAACUGAAAUCUAUAUUCUUCUUGUCAGAUAAUUUUUUUGUCCCGGACAAGCGUUAAUAUCGAGCCCUGUUGACAUUUUCUUUGAAAGUCACCACACAGGCUGGUCUUCAACAACAUUAUUUGGACAUUUAGCACAACACGUGGACAUUUUGUUUUCUAACCUACCACGCCCUGUUUUUUUGUACAGGUCACGAACACUGAAGGCCUCCCAGUCGGUGAACUCCUCCUCACUACUUUGGUAAGCCACUCAUUCAACCCCUCUUAAACACCAUGGUAUCACUUCCACACACUUCCAACCCAUGGACGAUCAUGUUUACAGUAGGUUCCAUGUUUCCUUGAUGGGAACAUUGUGUAGAUAAGCGGUUCCCAAACUUUUCCAUUCCGGGGACCACCAAAUCACCGCCAAACUCUUGAGGACCACCAUUUGAGGAAUCGUGGAAUUUAACAUAAAGUAUCUUGGCGGUCAAAUUUAGAGUACAUUUUAUCAGUAAAUAUAACCGAUUUAAAUGAUUAUUAUGAAUAUUAUUAGUAUUAUUAUUGUUGUUUGCAUUGUAUAAAGUAACGUAGAAUUAUAAAAAUACAUUCUAAAAAUAAAUCAAAAAAUGUCGGACCACCUGCAGUACCUCCGGUCCACAGGUUGAAAACCACUGGUGUAGAUGUUUGGUUCUUCUAACCACUGUCUUUAUUUCCUUCCCCCAGGAAAGUGUCUCUGAAGGCGGGGGGAAGCUCCAGCAGUAUCCUGGUGGACUCUGACAGCGAGGAGGAGCUGAGCCGGAAGGCAGUGAGCCGCAAGCGACGCCUCAGCGACUGUCUGCCUGACGACAGAGCAGAGGAGGUAAGGGCACCAGCGGGACCAAGGGAGAAAUGAGUCACUACAACUUAACCACUGACACAUGCAGGGCCAGGUUGAAAGAAUACUGCGUUUAGGUCCGGUGUGACAUGGUGGGCUCUGGUUGUGUGUUUCGGUCCAGCGAGGCGUCCAACAUACAGACGCGUCAGACAUCAACGAUGAGGAGAUGCUGGCGGUGGUGCUAGAGAUGAGUCGUCAGGACGCUGGUCUCUCCUGCCCCGCCCCUGAGGACGAGCCAACCAGCAGCCCCGACACGGGCUUCGGCGACGCCGACCCCGACGCCCAGGAGACUAACUACCACCCAGACCUGCUGGAGACAGACACCAAACCGUCUGCAGGUAACCACUACACACAUACAUACACCCCAGCCAGGAGGGACAGGGAAGUGUAGCCUUAAACAGAUAGUUCACUCAAAUUUAUCUUUUGACACUACACACCAAAACAGCUCUCUGUAGUUACUUACUAGAUGUCCAUUGUGAAAUUGUAAUUUCCUUGAACUAUCCUAUACUAAGUCAUGAAGACCAUGGACUUGAAACAAAUGCAGAAGCCUCUGUUUUGAAAUGUGCGUUUCAGCAACCCUUGCUCAACAGAGUGUAUCUGUGUGUGUAGAUGUGCUAGACUCCCUGGACCUGACCAUGGACGAGAACAAGGAAAACCAGACACCCGAGGGGGUGCAGGGGGAGCUGGACUGGGUGCAGCAGUAUAGCCUGGAGCAGGAGCGGGAGGAGCAGGAGCUGCAGCAAGCUCUGGCCCAGAGCCUGCAGGAGCACGUAAGACUCCCAACACACACUAGGACAUAUAGAGACCUACUAUACAGCUCUACCCUGACAUUUUUGCUGUAGGAGAAACCUGAUGUUGGUGGUUCACCUAUGUUUUUGUAAUGUAGACUAAUCUUCCUUCAGCUUGUUUUGGUGAAUACUGGUCUUAAGCUCUGACCCACCAACACUAUAUAAUGUCACCUAGGUGUCUACAGGGGACUAGGGUAGUCCCCUGUAGCUCAGUUGGUAGAGCAUGGCGCUUGCAACGCCAGGGUUGUGGGUUUGUUUCCCACGGGGGGCCAGUAUGAAAAUGUAUGCACUCACUUAACUUAACUGUAAGUCGCUCUGGAUAAGAGCAUCUGCUAAAUGACUAAAAUCGAAAUCUACUUGACCCUGUAUCCAGCAAUGCUGCCUUGUUGCACCAUCACGAUACAAUUCAGUGACAUUUGCAAUGUGUGGUAUGCCCUACAGGAAGCCCAAGAGAUGAGAGAGGACGACGACCUCAAGAGAGCCACAGAACUCAGCCUGCAAGGUACAGCAUAGACACUGGUACCCCUUAAGCUAAUACUCAGCUUCACAAAAUAAAAGUAGUGUGUGUUUACGCCAGGGGUUGGAAUCCAUUCCGGUGUUCCGACCAGAAAAUAAAAGUUCUGAACCGGUUCGAACCAACAACAAGAAAGUAGCAGUUCAUAUAGGUCAGGGAUGGGCAACUUUGAUAGGGGUGGGGGCCACCAAAACUCAGAACUCAUCAUGAGCGGCUGUAGUUGCCAGCCAUACACGCACACAGACACGCACACGCACACGCACACGCACACACACACACACACAGCGAGCAAAACAUUUUAGUGGCCCCCCUCUUGACAGCAGAGAGACAUUUUAAGUUUUAAGAGUUAAUUUUGUGUAAUUCUACACAUUUUGCCAUGGGGUGUAGAGAAAAUGUUGCAGUUUUAAAGCAAGUUUGCUGCAAUUCUACACGUUUUCAUGGAGUGGAGAGAAGAUUUAGCAAUUUUAUUUUACUAAUUUCCUGAAAUUCUACAGAUUUUGCCAUAGGGUGGAGAGAAAUGUUUUUAAUGAUAUCUGAGUGAGACUGACUAACAAAAUCAAUGGGGGGUCCCUGGCCGAUAAUUCAACCGUGAUAACAAGUUUAGAUAGCUGGCCGCUAAAUUAACUUGGUGAUCUAAAAACAUUUAGCUGACACUGGCUAAUUGACUGACUAUCAGUGACAGACAUAAGCGAAAAACUGCUAACUCACAACCAAAUUUCGAAAUUGCACCUUGUGUAUUCUACUAUUCUAACUUGCACCAAACAGUACGUUGUUGGGGUGGAGUUCGGGGGGGUUGAUCUGAGGGCCAGUUGCCCAUCCCUGAAAUAGGUCCUUUUCAUUCAUUUUUUUUAAACCUGUGAAAUCAACAUUGUUUUUACAUUUAGCUCAUUAUUUGAAUUAGAGCCGAUAGAGCAGCUUGCCGUGGAACGGGUAAAAUAGUUGUUAACUUGUUUGAUUGGACAGAUAAGUGCAGGCACGAGAUGCGACUGAAAUUUCACGGGUGGGGAGAGGGCAACAUGGUGGACAUGGAGUGAGCUUGGCUUGAAGCGCUGAACAUCAUGAUGUGAAUUGGAAUGUGUUUAGGCUGUUACUAGCAUUUUAACUUAACAAAAUUACCAAAUUAUAUACUAGACAUUAGGAAUAUUUUGGGAGCUAAAAAGAACGUUAGUAACCCAUAGUCAAGGUUUUAAAAUAACGGUUCUGUUCCGGAACACUAGACAUCACUUUCAUUCCUGGUUCUGUUUCAGUUCCUCUGAACAUUUCUUUUUCAGUUUUUGGUUCUGUUCCAUGAACCGGUUCCAACCCCUGGUUUGCGCGCAUCAGUGGUUUUCACAUGUCUUGAUCCCCUCUGCUGGUUUCUCCCGCCCUCCCAGAGUUCAACAACUCGUUGCCGGAGCUGCUGUGUUCAGACGAGGACUCUGGGAACGAGGAGGUGCUGGACAUGGAGUACAGCGAAGCAGAGGCUGGGGACCUGAAGAGGAAUGCUGAGGUACAGAGCCUCUCCUUUUCCUCCUCCUCUCUCCCACGCUAACCAGCCUUCACCAGGGUCCUGUUCAGUAGGGAGUACUCUCGUGGACAGAUGCACGUAACAUAAAUGGUAGUUGCGUCUUUCAAGAGACUGGGAUGCGACGACUAACGAGCAACUUUGUUCUGGUACGCAGAUUUCUCGUCACUGAUGAUUUGGACAAAUCACGAUUUCGCAGGUGCUCGCAUCUUUCGAAUUUCUAAAGGGGACAUUUGGACAAUAGACUUGCCUGAAACUGGCACUAUUCUUGUUAGUAUAUUUUCUAACGCGUGUCUCCCCCCCCCCCCCCCCCAAACUUAAUCGAGCAUCUGACGCAAUUACACAAGAUUUCAGUUCUGUGUGUCCGAGAUUAAGUAGGGACAAACGUUUUGAAAUGGAGUGAAACAGCCCGGCUGAACACCUCUUCCUUUCUUGUUCCCAGAGUGGAGAUCUGGCUAAUUCCUUCCGGCUGAUCAGUGUAGUCAGUCACAUCGGGAGCAGCUCCUCCUCUGGUAAGCACUGCCCUGCCUAUAGACCAGUCUGCUAAGAUAUAUGGCUGUGUUACGAGAUGCACCGUUAUUUGUGGGACCCAAAAAUGUGUUCAAGUUGAAUGAAUGUUGAAACAUGAAUGUUAUUAAUAUUUUUUGGUAGUGACUGAUUUCUGUGCAUCUCAAAACGCACUACUGUGUAGCAGGAGCCACAGAUUAUCAGUCAUCCGUGAACCAACGUAAAGCAUGAAAAUAUAAGGUUGUGUGAGCUGAGGCAGCAUAUGAUUACAAUACCAUGAGAACCCCAGACACUGGAUUCUUGUAGUCUAAUAUUAACCUAUAAUUCCAUCUCCCAACCCUCAGGCCAUUACAUCAGCGACGUGUACGACAUGAAGAAGCAGUCGUGGCUGACCUACAACGACCUGGACGUGUCGCGCACGCAGGAGGCCACGGUGCAGAGGGACCGCGACCGCAGCGGAUACAUCUUCUUCUACAUGCACAAGUGAGUAUGCUUCUCAUCCCUUCCAUCAAGGUCCCUCUCCCAGCUUCAGAUGGAGUGCGGGGUUGUGUUCAGUGGAGAAAAUGCAGUGAAACUUGUCCUGAAGAACAUAUUUGUUUUCAGUUGCAAAACACUUUGCAACGGUAUCCCCUACUGAAUACAACCCUGUUUUCUUAUACUAAGGAAUAAACCACCAGCCUCCUGCCACUAUGCACUACACCAGUCUCUGAGUAUAAUCCAGUGGUGGCUGAGCGAGACCCAGCUCUAGUAAGCAGGGCUGCCCAGACCAAUGGGCAACUGAGCAGAAGCUGGAACAAAAUCCCUCCUCUCUCAUGCAUUGAAAAAAUCAAAAAAAAAUAUCAAAAUCUCUUCGUUCUAUUAUGUCAGAAAGAAAAUAAGGGGGGAAAUCAGUCUAGUAAUUCUAAGAAUGCUGGAGGAUUUUAAGAGUAGAACAUUAAUACAAAUAAAGUUGUACAUUCCCUUAUUGUAGGAGAUAUUUGCUUGACUUGGUGUUGUGUGUAUCAUAUACACUACUGGUCAACAGUUUUAGAACACCUACUCAUUCAAGGGUUUUUCUUUAUUUUUACUAUUAGUGAAGACAUCAAAACAGCUUUGCCAAGAGUGUGCAAAGCUGUCAUCAAGGCAAAGGGUGGCUAUUUGAAGAAUCUCAAAUAUAAAAUACUUUGAUUUGUUUAACACUUUUUUGGUUACUACAUGAUUCCAUAUGUGUUAUUGCAUAGUUUUGAUGUCUUCACUAUUAUUCUACAAUGUAGAAAAUAGUAAAAAUAAAGAAAAAGCCUUGAAUGAGUAGGUGUUCUAAAACUUUUGACCAGUAGUGUACACUGGAACCCACUAUAAUGGGUGUGGAUGUCUUGACUGCUGUGUAUGUUCACCCAUCCUCAGGGAUGUGUUUGAGGAGCUGUCUGAGCUGGAGAGAAUAGGGGCCAGUGGAGGAGUCUCUGAUGCAGGGAGGACUGUCCUGCAGCCCCUCUGAGCCACCAGUCUGUCAUCAAUCACACACACUCCGACAGCACAGAGCUGUCCCCCAUCAGAUGUCGGGUUUGGGGUGAAAGAGAACCCUUCUCCAGUACUACUGAUCGCCGUCCACAUUUUGCCCUCUUCAGGCACUUUGUCUCUUUUUUAAAACAAAACACAACAGCCCAAGGUAGCUUCUGUCAGGCUCAGACGUCAGCACACAGACAGCCAACAUUCUUCUCUCCAGGUCCAUUCAGAAAUGAGACAUGCAGCGCACUCAAAAUAAAGAAAGAAAAGAGUUUACUAUGUUCUUUGUUUAUUCAACCCUGAGAGAUAUUAGACCUAAACUUUUAUUUUCUGUGAUUUGUUGGAUAACUUGUUGUGAAAUAGUUUUUCUUGGCACACUCGUAUGAUAUUAAAUAUCAUGCAUUUAAGAACUUGGAUAGAAUGUGUCAGAUGCUAGAUGCUGGUGAUCCUUGGAUUGUAUGGUUUCAGACUUAAUUUCCAAUAUAAUCUAUCAAAUCAAGAUGUAUUAUUCUGUGUUGGAAUAAAAGCUAAUUUAAGGUUGGAGUACUUUUUUCUUCUAUAUGCAGCAGAUACAUGUGAAAUAUUUAUUUUGUGGCAUGGAUUUGCCAAUUCUGCUUAUAUUUGUAUUCUGUUCUAGAGUUGGUUGAGGAUGGGGUUUUUUCUCCAAUUUCUUGCAAUGCUUUACUUAUGGACUGUUUGUUGCUGUUUUAUUAAUGUUUUAUCAAUAUUACCUUGACAAGCUAAACAUUAAUAAAGUAGCUUGUUUUUUUAUAAGCUUAAGCUCCUAGGGGAUCCCUAGUGCCUCUCAGUACAGAACCAGUAGUUUAUAUUUCUUUUUCUAAAGCGCUUUACUUUGAAAGAUGCACAACCACUUUGUUUAGAAUGUAUUCCUCAAACCUCUGACAAAAUGCAGAAUCCUGUAUUACAUGUGUAAGCUAUCCCGAAUAGGCUUUGCUUUUAAUAAGGCCAUAACAGAUUUAACUAUUUAUUUUAGCAAAGGUCUGUUUAUAAUGGCCAGCUCGGAUGUCUCAUCUCACCUUUUUAUUAUUUUUUCUCGCCAUCUGACAAGGCCAGUAUACACAUCUUUUAGACUACUUUUUGCUAAGAUUAGGGUUUGGCUAGCUAUUUUCUGGUCUCCUACUUGCAUUAAGUGAGAAUGAACGGGUUUCAUGUUGACAUGAGUGUCUGAUAUGGAAUGCAGAGUGGACUGAGCUUUUUAGUUACUUGUUCAGGCUCCAGUAUUUGACUUCCUACAGCGCAUUUUAAAAUAAAAAUGAAUUAAAACAAUGGUUUUGGAUGUCAUUAAUUGUCAUCAAUGUCAAGUCAUGAGCAGUGUCAGUAGUGCAGUUUGAUUGUGAAAAUAGAGUAGUCUGUCUAGUUCCAUAGGUAAAAGCUCAUCAACAAUCACAAGAAGGCUGACGUGGUCUGUGGCUAUCACUUGGAAAGAGGCAGUUCAUUCAUGGUCAAGGAGUCCUCUAUGCAAGUUUCCAAAUCCAUUCAAUGCUAAGUCCAUUCAUUUCAAAGUCCUUCCAUUGCAGGUGGUUCUUCUUGGUGGUCACUCGUCUUGGCUACAUUUCUUGGUCAGAGGCACCAGCUGUCUGCCAGUGAAUCUGUUGAACUCAUUAAGAAUGUAGCUUUCCUUCUGCAGCAUCUAGGAGCACAGAUAUACAACUGUUAAAAGGAGAUCUUUCAAUCAUUGACAUAUGGCACUUAGUGGGACCAAGCCAUUGCGCUUUGAAUCAUCAUCCAUACCUCUUUCCACUCCUCCUCAGUUUCAUGUCUGUAACCCAACAAGUGACAGAUUCCAUGAGCAGUGACUGACUGAGCCAAGGAGAAGGGGGACAAAAAAGUCAAAUGAACAAGCACUAAUGCAACUGCUAGUGGUGAGUAGUGUAAUACAAAUUUUAAAAAAUCAAUUGUCUAUCAAUCUUGGGACCCAGAACCAUAUUUGGCGUGUGCUGGCAAAUAGUAUUUCACUAGAAACUUCGUUGUACUUUUGCGUGUGAUUGGUGAUCACAUGAUGAUAGUGACUGGACAAACCAUUUAUCCUGCAGUAUUUCACCAUGGUAAAGGCAAGGUGGGCCUCCCCGCCUCACUCUUAUGCUCCCGUCAAAAAGACCCUGGCUUCAAUUGGUUAUAAUAAAAAAAAAUGUGAUUUCAUGUCUGUUGCUGCAUGAUAUUACUGUGUUGUAGGGUGUGUGUUGUGCAUGCAUUGUGGCUGUUUUACUAGUAGUUUGCUCACUGUGAGAGUUCCAUGAAGAUCCUGAGACUCCUGCUGGCACUGUUUCAUCAGGUAUUCAACCCCCAAGAAAAUGUCUCCAAGGUUCAGUUCAUCUCUGUAAAGGGGGCAAGGCAGCUUCCCAGGCCUCAGUUCCUUUAGAAACAAAACAAACUUUGAUCACUGUUUCUUUACCUAAAUUCAAUUUCCAAAUGUUCACAUAGUAUGCACACUGCAAAGACACGUAGGUCCAGCGAUUAGGGGGAAUAGCAGGAUAGAAGCUUGCACUGCAGUGACCAUGUGGUUACAGGGUGUGCUGUGGGCAAGUGCACUACUACCUGUGCCAUAAAAGCCUGGGCCUCUUGGCAGAGGUAGUACACUUACAUACAAGGAGGCUUCACAGUCUAUUCGGCCACUCUCUCUGGAAGCGUCCCACUCCAAACCCCAAUGCUGCGAACAGGGUAACACUUCCAACAGAGGCCAGAGACGACGGGGACCAUACCACCACUGCAACUUGAACCAUGACCCUGCUGUGCACUAACACCCAUGCCAUAAAAGCCUAGACCUCUUGGCAGUGGCAGGUGAAUGCUGGGAAGGAAAUUUAGAUACCAACCUCAUAGAAUGGAAAUGAGAGGACAUCCGUGGGCAUAUUCUUUUUCCUAUAAAUGUUAUUGAUCCGUUGAAUCUUGCGGUUGUCCACGCAAAUGACUCCCAAAUCAAAUUUUUGGAUGCCCAAUAUGUGCCUCAACGUCUCCACGUCCUUCCGUAGCCUCGCGCGUCGCAGCGGCACCACGUUCUGGAGAUUCCGUAGAACUACACCCAUUUCAAAACGCCAGUCACUAACGUUACAAAAAGUCUGAGGGAAAUUAUUUUUUUAUCAAGUAGUCGUAAAUAUUGCGAAUGGCUACAUACAAUAAACAGAUAGCCUAGGUAGCUAGCGUGUUGUUAGCCGGCGAAUGCUCGUUGGUUCAAUCAAGGUGACUCAGUCGUUCCAGUUGUAGAAGGCCUUCUUAUUUCAGAUUAUGAAUGCAAAUAUGUACUAUUCUACAAGGUCCUCUAGAGCUGAUGUAGUGAUAAAAAUCGAAUAUAUUAUUAUAUAGAAAAAAUAUCAUAUUGCUUG